CGUGACUGGGAGGGGCACAGGGAUGUCGCUGCUGCGGUCGCUGCGCUUCUUCCCGGUCGCGUGUACCGGCCGCUCGGCAAGGGCUGUCCUGCUCCAGCCGUCCCAGCCAUGGCACACGCUUCACGCGGGCCCCUCGUUGUCGUCUUCUGCCUCCAGCAAGGAGCUCCUCAUGAAGCUGCGGCGGACAACAGGCUACUCCUUUGUCAACUGCAAGAAGGCUCUGGAGACUUGUGGCGGGGAUCUCAAGCAGGCAGAGGCCUGGCUGCACAAACAGGCCCAGAAGGAAGGAUGGAGCAAAGCCUCCAAGCUCCACGGGAGGAAGACUAAAGAAGGCUUGAUUGGCCUGCUGCAGGAGGAAAAGGCAGCUGUUUUAGUAGAGGUAAACUGCGAGACAGAUUUCGUCUCCAGAAAUGUAAAAUUUCAACAGUUGGUCCAGCAAGUAGCCCUGGGAACCAUGGCGCACUGUCAGAACCUGACGGAUCAGCUCUCCACGUACAGUAAGGGCUUCCUCAACUCCUCUGAGCUUUCUGAACUUGCAGCUGGGCCCAACGGGGAAGGGUCUCUCAAGGACCAGUUGGCCUUAGCGAUUGGGACACUGGGAGAAAACAUGAGUCUUAAGCGAGCUGCCUGGGUGAAGGUGCCCUCUGGGUUCUAUGUCGGCUCUUAUGUGCACGGAGAGAUGCAGAGUCCCUCCCUCCAGAACCUGGUGCUGGGGAAGUACGGGGCCCUGGUCAUCUGCCAGACUCCUGAGCAGACCACAAACCUGGAGGAGGUUGGCCGCCGCUUGGGACAGCAUGUGGUGGGCAUGGCCCCUCUCUCAGUGGGCUCCCUGGAUGAUGAGCCUGGAGGAGAGACAGAGACCCGGAUGCUGCCCCAGCCAUAUCUCCUGGAUCCUUCCAUCACACUGGGGCAGUAUGUGCAGCCCCAGGGCGUGACCGUAGUUGACUUUGUGCGCUUCGAAUGUGGAGAAGGUGAACAGGUAGCUGAGGCUGAAUAGGUGGAAAUAUUUAAUUUUCAUACCUGGAUUUCCUUAUAAAAAGUUGUUUUCUAAACCUCUUCAACCCUCAGAUUUUUUUUUAGUUUAAAAUGAAGUUAUAUAUUCAUGGGUAAAGUUAUUAAAUAUCAAUGUAAUAAAGUAUGAUCAUUUAUUUGCAUAAUACUUAA